GCUGAACUCCGUCUGUGUUUCAGACAGUUGUAUAAGUCGUUAGAGACACCUGCGUUUACCAAAAUAGUCUGCGCAUAGUAAAAAAACUAUAACCCUUUGUUCGCAAGACAAUUUUCUGCGCAACUCUACCUAGAAUGGAACGUACGUCCACUCGGUCCAAACAAAUGCUUUCACUUCGAAUCCACACACCGAUUGCCCAUGUCUAAAAUGCAACAACUUUGAUUUAUGCAUUUGUACAUUAAAAUUUACCAAAAAUGUUGGCUUUUUACAUAUUUUUGGGUGUUUUUGUGAUUGUAAAAGGUGGUCCAGCCACAGAGGCGUCUUAUAAGGGUCAAUUUUGCACGGAUCCUCGGACGAUGAGGAAACACGCUGCUUACACGGAGUGGGCAGACGCGUACUCCUGCACCAGGCAUAGGUGCCAGCCUGGUGGACGGAAUCUCGCCAUCUACACUGUCGGGUGCAAGCGAGUGGAGGCUCCGGAGUCCGCCAUCGAGUGCGAGGAAGUCGUGGAGGACACCAAUAUGCAGUUCCCGUAUUGCUGCACCAGGCUCAGGUGCCUGGUGGUGGUUCGUGGUGAGGUAUGGACGAGGGUGCUGGGGCAGCCGUGGGAAACGUUGCCAGCAGCUCCAUGGAGUCACAUGUACAAGAUGAAGAAACCACCGCCCGAAGACGGAUCCUUUUCCCCCAAAACGGGGGAGGGUCCGGUCUACGAGUUACAGACGGAGGCUGAGAACGACGGCGGAGACAAGGUCCUCAGGACCGGAAAGAAGACCACAGAAGGCCCGGACUGCAAUGAAGGCGCCGCCCCCGUCGCAAGAGCAGCACCAGCCCCUGAUAUCAUUGCUCUAUCGACCAAUUCUGAAAAGGAUCCGCCACAUAAGAAAAGCGAUGUGCCCAGACACAGGCGAGGAAGGAAGAUAACGAACAGCAACAACUACUUGGAGGAGGAGGCGCCCGUGGAGCCCCGCGCUGAUGACCAGGAGGAACCAGUCAUGGAGAAGGAAAAGCCAGUGGAACCAGCAUCUGAUGAGAGAUACUUCGCUAAUGCAUUUGGAGUCACGCAGAAAGCGCCUUACAAGCAGGUUGCCUGGACGGAGAUCCCUCAGAACCAGUGGAAUGAGCACGACCCCAACUUGGACACCGAACCAGCUUUAAGCCCCAGGCAACCCAACUUACAGGAGCCAGCUCCGACAUCUUACCAUCAACCAGAUCUCCCUCCCCCUGAGGAGAAGAAAGAGGAGAAACCUGGGAACCUCCAGGCCUUAGUGGACGCCAUAGGAACCAGGAUGAGGGAUAUUGAAAGUGUGGUGCAGAGGAUGAGUGAGAAAGUCCACUCUGGGAAGCCAGCCCCCGCACCGGAACCUGAAUUUGGAAGCUCUGAGAGGAGCAGUUAUUUCAGGUCUCAAGACGGCGCUGAUUACAAACACCACGAGGGUAGAGAUGACCGGGAGGGCAGAGACGGCAGAGAGGAUAGGGAGGGGAAGGAACACUCGAAGGAGCAUGGGAAGGUCAAAAAGCCAAGCCCUGACGGAGACCAUUAUAAACGAUUCACUGGGCACAGAGGCAGCAAAUAUCUUCACGGGAGUGGGGAUCUAACCACUGAACAACCUUUGUUUGUCGAGGAUACCAACCUAAAUGGAUACUUCAGCGACGCAAGUAAUAGUGUUAGGCGGUCCCCACCAAAGGAACCCGCAGCGACCUACAUGGCACCGGUAGUGGAAACACGGCGCAAGUCCCAUUCAGGGUCUGGUGAAGAAGUUGACAAGAAACAUAAGAAGAGAGUCCACAAGAGGAAGAGGAAGAACGGCCACCACAAGAAACACCACGGCAAGGAAGACAAGAGAAAGAGAUUCAAUAAGAUGAACUCUGUUGAGUUGGACAGGAAUGUGGUAUCACUUGAGGAUAGCAGCGGAGUGGGUGGCAGUAAAUAGGUCCAAUUAUUAGGUAUGGCGAUAAAGUAGCUUUUACAACUGUUCGGUCUUACGGCAAAAUAGUAAACAAGCUUUGAACGAAGACUGUUUAAGAAUUAGCUAAACAAGCAAAAAUCUGUCGAAUUAUUUAUCAAUUUGAUUCAAAUUUCCUGUCCGGUUUUAGGCCGGUUGAACGCAUCGAAUAUGCAUCGUACGUAAAACUUGCAAUCCAGUACUCUAGCCCCUACCCCCUCCUUCCCCCUCUGGGUCUUACUUUAGGCGAUGGUAUAAGACCAGGUACGUUCAAAACUGACAGCUAGCAUUUCAAGGUUACCCAGCUGACGUCAUCCGACCCUGUGUUGCCAUUUCGUAAAAAAUAAAUUACCCACGUUCAAUGUUAAUUAGCUUUGUGCUGCAAGGAAAUUUUGUACUUUUAGUAAAAGAUUUACGUACAGUUUUAAUGAUUUUUAUAUAUGUGACAAAUAAUAGUAAUAAUUAAAUACAUUAGUCAGUAAUUCAGUUAAUUUUCAAUAAUAAAAUUUAUGUCCUUGGAAUGUUGGAGAUACCAAUUGAAUGGUAACACUUACGUCAUCAAUGGGCUAGCAAUGGCGGCUUGUCAUAGGAUUGAGCAUACCUGGUCUUCUUAUUUAUACCAUGCUUUAGCUUUAAUAGCCAUAAGCCGCAAAGGAGAGCGCACUUGAUAAAGCAAAACGCGGUAAGAAUUUGUGAGAUAUGCGUUCAACCUUGAUUCAAAGCUAGUUUUCUCUGUGGUAAGACCGUGUUGGCGUUUCAAGAGUUUCAAUAUGGGACUUUCCAAGCUACGUACCCCAAAAAAUAUAUAGAUGGCUCUGUACAGUCAUGGGCAAUAUAAUGUACCCACUUUAGGACUCCGUCGCACUAACAUAUUUGAGAUUUAGUGAGACUUACAGUUCAAUUUGUCAAAAAAUUUAAUGUGACAUGGUACCAAAGUGUAUACGUAUUAAUGCUCGUGACCGUACGGUCUGACGUGGUAUUUACCUAUUUUCUCAUUGCUUGUACAUAAUUAUUCAAAAAUAUAAUGUUAUGGCAGAGGUAUGUUUAAAUGGCCUCUGCAAUAACAUUUCUAAAAAUAAUUGUUGCUUGAUAUUUGUAUAGCAGACCAGAUGUGUAUAGAAUUAUGUUGCUACCUAAGUAUCUUGCUUAUUUUGAUCAGAAUAAUAAUGGGUGGAAGAUGUGUCGUGCCUGGGUGUAAUAACACUAUCUGUUAUCCAACAUGUUGCAAGAUGGCGCUGAUCUUGUUUUGGGGAACGUAUACUUAAAAGUUGACUGGAAGAGAUUGCUACUUAGCAAUAAGGCCGCCUAAUGUACUCUUUCUAUUUCUCUUUUGUUUUUUAUUUCCUGUUGGUGCAAUAUUUUUACAUUACGUAGCCUGGAUAGUCCCUUAUUUGGACGGAAUUCUUGUAACUUCAAAAAGUACGUAAUUUGGCCCUAGAUUGUUUAUUUUAUUAAACUAUACAUAUUAAGUAACAACAAUAUAAAUUGUUAGUAAUAAUAAUAUUUAUGAACAUUUGUAACAUAGGCGAAUACCUAAUUAAAAUUUAUUUUUUUAUUCAGUUUGAUAAGUGACAGUCAAUUUAUAAAGCAAAAUAUACAUAAUU